AUGCGGGACAACUCGUACCACAACUUCACGCACGUCACGGACGUGACGCAGUACAUGUACACGCUGCUCCUCGCGACGCACGUCGCGGAGCGGCUCCGGCCCGUGGAGCUCGCCGCGGCCUACAUCGCCGCGGUCUGCCACGAUUUGGACCACCCGGGCCUGUCGAACACGUACCAGAACAACGAGAACACGGAGCUAAGCAAGCGCUACAACAAGGAGAGCCCGCUCGAGAACCACCACCUCAGCGUCUUCGGGCGGCUCUGCGAGAAGCACGAGCUGUUGGCGAACCUGCCGACGGAGGAGGAGAAGACGCGCUUCGUCGACAUCGUGCACCACAUGAUCCUCGCCACGGACAUGGCGAAGCACGGGCUGCUCAUGAAGAAGAUCAAGGAGAAGCUCAACAUCGACGGCUGGCACCCGCUCAAGUCCGAGGAGGGCAUCAACCUCAUCCUCCAGAUCGGCCUCAAGUGCGCGGACAUCUCCAACCAGGCGCGGCCCUGGAAGGUCGCGAACCGCUGGAACGAGGCCGUCUACAAGGAGUUCUACCACGAGGGCGACCUCGACCGCGCCGCGGGCCGCAACGUCGCGCCCCUCUUCGACCGGCGCUCGAACAUGAUCCCCACGUCCACCGUGGGCUUCAUCGGCUACGUCGUCGCGCCCCUCUACGAGAUCUACGUCGCCAUCAUGAAGCGCUGCGCGAUGAUGGACGAGCAGGUCGACGCGCAGGCCGUCGAGGAGUGCCUCGUCUUCCUCCAGAAGAACAAGGAGCGCUACCAGCUCCAGGCCGACGGCCAGUACGUCGACCAGGACGAGGAGGAGGAGGAGCUCCAGAACUUCGCCGUGGACCUGCGCACCAAGAUCAAGUCCAAGGAGGAGGAGGAGGAGGAGAAGACCAAGUCCAAGUACCCGGGCAUCAACGGCCUCCAGCAGCAGGACACGAUCCGCAUCCUCAUGAACAAAAUCAAGCAGCAUUCCAAGCACCCCCCGGAGCCGAAAUUCCAGCCCGAGUGA